UUCUGUCUGAGGCACAGCAAGAUCAGUUAAAGCUGAUGGCAGAGGAGUUUGGGAAGUCAAAUCAGUUGGAAGAAGAGGAUUUGACCUUUGCUGGUUAUGGAGACGCUGAUGCCGAAGCAGAAGACAUCCAGUUCCAAGCCAAUUCAGGUCUGCAAAUCAUGCGGUGCGCUGCCCACACGGUCAAUUUGGCCAUCAAGGACGUCGUGAAACAAACGUCUUGCGAAGCGGAUUUGAAAAAAGUUCGUUUACUGGUGCGCAAGAGCAAGGGUAUUGUUUUCCGUCCGAUCUUCAAGAUGAAGUCGUUACCGGUUCCCGUUCUUGACUGUGAGACACGUUGGGGAACCACCGCCAUGAUGGUUGAGUCCGUGCUGCGUUUGGUGGACAUUGUGCCAGAACUACAGGCCGUUGAUCCUACUUUUGUUGUUGAUGAGGAGUUGAUCAAAUUCGCCGAACAGUUUUCAACGGCCUUCAAGCCAAUGGUCCAACUCCUCAAGAAACUCCAAUAUGCUGACCUGACUGUGGGAGAUAUGUUCAAGUACUACUGGAUCGAUGCUCGCAGUGAACUCAUCAAAAUCGGUGACGAUAAUAUUUUCGCAACCCAUCUGAUCAAGGCGCUAAAAGAGCGCAAAGUUCUUUUGUUCACCAAUAAGGCGUUCUUAGCGGGCCUCUUCAUGGAUCCCCGUUUUAACUUUGACAAGUCGCCCUACCUUGACAGAGAUCAAAAACAGGAAGCGAUUGACCACCUCGUGAGCACAUGGAGAAUCAUGGCAUUGCACAAAGCCCAGGCCAAGGACGACGAUUCAAAGGUGGCCGAUCCAUCAGAACUGUCGGAGGCAGAUCGCUUGAUUUUGCAAGACUGCAAUGAAAUGCUGGAACAGGAGCUGAAACCAGCUGUCCUUUCUGAAGGAAAAAUCAUUCAGAAGCUGCACGGUUUGUGCGCAAAGCCGAUUCAGCCGGCCGAGACUAACGUCUUAGAGUACUGGGCUCUCCAGGAAUUUGCAGAGCCCGAACUAUUUGAGCUGUCCGAGGUUGCAUUGAGUGCAACGCCCACAUCAGUCCCUGUCGAACGAGCAUUCUGCGGCCUGGUGCACGAGCUAACGGCUUUUCGUAACAAGCUUUUGGGAGAGAACGUAGACAACCUUAUGGUUAUUCGUCUGAACCAGGACUUGCUGGAGCUGGCCCUUUGAAGCAGUAAUCGCCCACUUCUUUCUAUGAACUGAGUUUUCUUAUAUUUGUAAAAAACGUGAAUUACAACAAGUUUCUAAGUUUAUUCGAAAUAUAUGAGACUAACAUGAUCCAAAUCAGGAUAACCCUCGGUGCUACCUCAUGGAAUUAACUGAAC